UCCCAUUGCCAUUCGUAGUAGUCUCCAGAGUCAAGAGCCAUGCCGUUGCGUUAACGCGUCAACCAAGUCUACCAGUCCUUGACGAGGACGAAGAACAAGACCACCCACCAAAUGACUUCCGUUUAAGACUUAAAAGGCCCCAAAUGGUGAAUCAAAUCGAUUGACAGAUCCUACAAAUCAAACCAUCAAUCGAUCCAAACCCUUACUACCUGAACACGCAAUGUAUGGGCUAUAGUGUCUCAAGCUCUUUAGCCCUGUUUCAUCUUCCCCUGUUUCUGCCAUGGCAAUCCAUCACAGAAAGCUAUUCCUUCCAUGCUUCGAUUUCCCUGAAACCCAUCCUCCUCGACCUCCCCCUCCCCCUCCACCUCCCACGCUCGUCGGCGGCAACCCCCCCGCCCAGACCCACGAAGUCCCGAUUCUCAUGUUCUCUCUUCUGGGUUUUCUUCUUCUUUUUCUUCUUGGGUUUCUCUUUUACAUCAGCAAGUGCCAUUCGAGCAUGAACAGUUCUUCGGCGAGGAGAAACACUCCCGGAUUUGAAGAUGAUUAUUAUGGAGGCCAGAUUCGUGGCUUGGGACCCGACAACUCCGGGUGGCAGCAGGUCAGCACCGCUGGCCUCGAACACUCGGUGAUCGAUUCCAUUCCUGUUUUCGAGUUCAGAUCCGCUGAUCGACUGGUUGAAGCAGCAGAGUGCUCCAUUUGCCUGAAAGAAUUCGAAGAAGACGAGGCUCUCCGGCUCUUGCCCAAGUGCUGCCACGCCUUCCACAGGCCGUGCAUCGACACCUGGCUGAGGUCGCAUCAGAAUUGCCCCCUGUGUCGCGCACCAAUUGUUCUCGAAAAUACCCCUUUGAACGCAGCAGAGCCGGGCUCGAACGGUCCGGCGGCGAGAGAAGCACUGGAAACGGAGAGCUUAGAGAACAAUGGUGGGACGCGAGGCCGCCGAGUCGGAGAAAUUGAAGAAGAAAGGAAAGAUUUGCAGCGUUCCAGCAAGAGGAAGCGUCAGCUCCGGGUACGGAGCGAUCUGGCCGGCAGUCUAACAAAGCCGGAGCAGGAAUUACAGCCCGUGAGAAGAUCGAUUUCCAUGGAUGCCAGCUCUGCUUCAAGGACUCAACCUACCAUGGCUUCCAUUCCUCCGGCGGGGCUCGAAGGCUGUUCAAGCAGUCAAUGAGUUCAUGAAAUUAUGAAAACAAUCUAUUUUACGGAUCAUGCUACCCGUCCGACUUUAUUGACAACUCCAAGUGAAAUUACAUAUCAACCCUCAAAUUACAAAUUAGUGCUCCCGCCAGAUCCGCCCUCCACCAGAUCGCUCUCUUUCUCUCUCCUACACUCUCACUUUCUCUUUCACUCCCUGUCUGCACCGCUAGAUUUGCCCUCCGCCGGCGGUUCACGCUCUCACUCUUUCUCUCUCUGUAACCCACACACUCUCACUCUCUCUUUCACUCUCUGUCUGCGACGCCAAAUCGGCCACCACCUCUAUCUGUCGGAGCUUAGCCUCACCGACGACAACCAAGUCAACCACCGCCAGAUCCGCCCUCCACCGGCGGUUCACACUCUCACUCUCUUUCUCUCUCUCCGUAACCCACACUCUCAUUGUCGUAAGAUUCAUCGUCGCCGAUCGAACCUCUGAUUUUUCCGACUUCAUCUCCCAUUGUCGUCGGUUUGCUGCGUUGGUUUCCUGUAUUUCUGAUCAAUUUCUCAAAGUUUCUUUUCUUCUUGUUGAUUUAUAUAUCUGUAUCUAUCUUUGUUUUCCAAUACCCAUGUCUUUUUUUCCAUGUAGCUAUCUGCAAAACCCUGUUUUCUUAGUUCUCUAUUGUAUAUAUUACAUUUCGAGGAAUCUGAUUCCACAAAUAAAAUGCACCCUUCGUUUC